AUGCUUAAUGUAGUAGAGAAAGCAAAAUGGCAGGCUUGGAAUUCCCUCAAGUCCACAUCAAAGGAAGAGGCUGCAUCCAAGUACGUAGAGCUGGUCUCCGAGUUAGUUUCCAAGGAACAGGCCGCGGCUCCUACUAGCCCAUCUACUGAAUCCCGCGGUGACCUCGAAGUAGUGCUCGAUCAAGGAGGAGUCUUGAAGCUGUAUUUAAAUCGUCCCAGUAAGAAAAAUGCGAUCACUCCGGAGAUGUACGUUGAGUGGACUAAGACGUUGAAUGAGGCAGCAACAAACCCCGGCGUUAAACUGGUCUCCGUGACUGGCAAAGGCGACUACUUUUCCAGUGGCAAUGAUUUGAAUACGUUUGUUAAAUCAAUCGCUAAUGGUGGAUCGCUCACAGAAAUGGCCAAAGAUGCUCGAGCGCUACUGCACCGAUUUGUCAGCGCUUUCAUUGACUUCCCAAAGCCGUUGAUCGGCCUUAUCAACGGUCCAGCGGUUGGUAUCGCUGUGACAACUUUGGGUCUCUACGACUACAUCCUAGCCUCAGAUACGGCAACCUUCCACACUCCGUUCGUCGCUUUGGGUCAAUCGCCAGAAGGGUGCUCCUCCUACACAUUUCCCCGACUUAUGGGCACAAUGAAGGUGAACGGUGCAUUCUCUCAUUUGGGUUGA